AUGUCAGCUUCCGAUCAAGACCCUUUACUCCUCUUGCGCCAAUCAAUCGCCUCAGAAAGUCCUUGUAUACCCACCACCACAGAAGAUGGCUCUUCAGCAUCCUCAGUCGACCUGAGUUUAGCAACAGCAACCUACUUACAUUUCACCUCGCCUCUACAAGUAUCGAUUCCACUUACGACGCCCACACGUUUCAUAUCAUCUGACAAGCCUGUCAAUCUUCGCAGCAUCUACUUUGCGUGGCAGCAACGCGAACUUGCGAUUCCGGAAUAUAAUGCAUCAUCAUCGGCACUGAGCGCGCAACUUGCAGGAGAGGGUGGUGCUGGGGGUGAAAUUCAAAAUUUGUCGUUUGUGGAACGUUUGGAUCUUAUUACGUGGUUGGAGGGCGCGUCGGAUGAAUCGCAAUAUAUUAAGCCUUUGGCUUCGGAUACGUCAAAUGCGACGGCGUCGGCACAGGUUGCUUCUGGGGCCGCUGGGGGUAUAGUUCCAGUUACUAGUGGUGCUGCGGGGAGACAGGGUAAAAAUAUUGAUCCUAGGUUGGCGGAGAUUUAUAGUGGUGAAAGGAGGAUGGGAGAUAGGAAUAGUGUGUUAAGAGGGAUUAAACCCACGGAUUUCUCUCACGUUCGCAAACUCGCAUCGCCAUUCCUCUCACGCAAAUCUUCACACGCCGCCGCACAAAAUCUUGCAAACAACCCAGCACUCGCCCAUAAUCUUAAAGCUCCCGCUCGCCGUCCAGAUCCCAUCAUACUUCUCUCUCCAUCUGCGUCUUCUAUUCUUCGCAUGUCUAAUAUCAAAUCAUUCCUCGAAGGCGGCGCAUUCAUCCCCCCAGAUUCUGCAAGUUCUACGUCCAGCUCGUCAGCCUCCAUCUUACAUAUUGUACGUUCCAUACCCUCCAUAGAUCCUGCGCGGCCAAUUCGUUUCAUUAUUGUGGAUUCACCAGAGAAAUUCAAGCCUGAGUAUUGGUCGAUGGUUGUGGCUGUCUUCACUACUGGACAGAUUUGGCAAUUUAAAAAUUAUAAAUGGCCACAGCCUACGGAUUUAUUCAGGAAUACUCUAGGCGUAUUUGUAGGAUUCAGAGGAGAAAGUCUCCCGGAUACAGUCAAGGGAUGGGGAAGUGGAGUCUUAGCUUCGCAAGUUGAAAGAUGGACUCCACAAGCAGGUCCGGCCAGUAGGUGGAGGGAUAAGGAAGUCGUGGAGAAUAUUUGGAAGGCGAUUGAGGGGAAUAUGAAAGCUAAGGGUUGGAGGCGGGAUUCUGGUCCGGUUAUCUGA